CAUACGGGUCUUCCAAAUUAAACGUGUAUUUCUGUGCUUCAUUAAUACGAUUUUUUUUUUCAAAUAAAUUUAAAACAAAUCCUCAAAUUAUACAAAAUAGUAAUACAACAGGAAAAAAAAAAACAUCAAAAACUAAAAGUUGUUUUCUCCAUAAUAAUAAAUUCAUGAUAUAAUUGUUGUAUUUUUCAUCUUUUUCGUUUAUUUCUUUUUAACGUUUAGUAUAAAUUUUGCUUACUCAGGCGUGUAUGUUUGUGCGUGUGUAAAUCUUUUGUCUAUUUUAUUUGUUUUGCCUUUUGUACGGUGAUGUGUUCCUAUUGCCUCCAAGUUGUCUAUUUUUGUUUAUAACAAUUGAAAUUGUGACGUUUUUUCACUUGUUUUAUGAUUAAACAUAAAGAAAACCCAAAAAAAAAGCAAUUAGUUGCAUUUAUUUUUAGUUAAUAUUGGAAUAUAUAGUUUGCCCAAAUGUGGAUUUGGGAUUAUUUAUGGCAUCGAAAAGAGCUACAAGAACGAGAACAUCGUCGUUAUGUGGCCUUAGUUAAAUUUGGUAUUGGUGCCGCCGCUUUCUGCGCUUUAUAUUUGGUCUUUGGUUAUGGAGCUCAACUUUUAUGUAACAUUAUUGGUGUUGUAUAUCCAGCCUACAUUUCCAUUCACGCCAUUGAGUCCAGCACCAAAUUGGAUGAUACCAAAUGGCUUACCUAUUGGGUGACCUAUGGCAUUAUGUCAAUCAUUGAAUAUUUCUCAGGCAUUUUAACCUCCGUCAUACCCUUCUACUGGUUGAUUAAGUGCGUUUUCUUGGUCUGGUGCAUGUUGCCCAUGGAACAAAAUGGUUCUUAUGUCAUUUACAACCGUGUCAUUCGUCCACAUUUCCUUAAACAUCAUCAAGCUGUUGACACUGCGUUAGAUAAUGUUAUUGGUCAAGCCAAGAAAAAUAUUAGCUCAGUUUUGAAAUCUGAUUAAUUAUGUGUGUCUCUCACAUAAACACAACCACACACUCUCACACACGCAUCUCUUAAGUCCAACAACAAACAUAGUUAAGAAGCAUUUCCACAAUUAAAAAACUAAAUUUAAACAUUAAAAAAAAAACAUCUCGAAAACAGCAACAACAAGAAAGUGAUGUUUUCCUUUUCUUUAAUCUUUGGUGGUGGUGGUCAUGUAGGUGACGGCGACUUCACAAGGAGCACACAAUUUGUUCGGAACAAAAAAACAUCUUAGUGUUAUUUAUUUUUUAAUUAUAUAAUGUGUCUUCGUGAUUAAAAACCUAAAUUAGAAUUG